AUGAGUAGUCAAGCGCCCGUUGACACCAAGGUCCCAGAGAACACCGUUGGUCGUCUCGAUGAUAUUGACAUCGACCCAAAAGAUGAGAGAGCUUUGGUAUGGCGUUUGGAUCUAUUCUUCUUGACCAUCGGGUUCUUGGGCUAUGCAUUCAAGUACCUGGAUCAAACAAAUAUUAGCAAUGCAUACGUCUCGGGAAUGCAGACAGAUCUAAAACUAUAUGGAAAUGAGCUGAAUUACUUCACUACAUACUUCAACAUCGGAUACAUGAUAAUGCUCUACCCUUCAUGUGUUCUUAUCUCCCAUAUUGGUCCAUCUAAAUGGUUACCUACAUGUGAGGUGAUGUGGGGGAUAUUGACUUGCUGCUUGUCAACGGUCACAAACGCUAAACAGGUCUACGGACUCCGUUUUCUUAUCGGCUUCUUCGAAGGCGCAACAUGGCCAGGUUAUUUUACAAUCAUCAGUCAAUGGUACAUGCCGCAUGAAAUGGCUCUCCGAAUGAGUUUGUAUAAUAUCGCACAGCCGGUCGGCGCAAUGCUUUCCGGAGCUAUGCAAGGUGCACUUUCGACCAACCUUGAGGGCUCGCUCGGCCGCAGCGGUUGGCGAUGGGCCUUCAUUAUCAAUGGAAUUUGCACGAUCUUUGUCGCCUUGAUCGCUUUCAUCCUUCUACCAGGCUUUCCCGAACGACAGAAUCCACUUUCCAAAUUCUACCUUAGGCCUCGAGAUAUUGAGAUUGCCAGGGCGCGCAAUAGACGAAUCGGUCGGAAUCCCCAGAUCGGCAUUACUCCAAGGACAUUCCUGCGUGCUUUCAAAUUCUGGCACGUCUGGAUGUUUGCGCUCGCCUGGUCCAUUGGCACCAACCAAACGCCUUCAAAUUAUUUCAAUCUAUGGCUGAAAUCUCUGAAGAAUGCAGACGGAACCAAAAGAUACUCAGUCGCUAUGCUCAACUACCUGCCAAUCGCAGGUCAGGCUAUACAACUCGUCGCAGAGCUACUAUUCAGCGGCUUCAGCGAUUACUUGGGUGUCAGACUCCCAUUUUUGCUUCUUCACUCGGUCAUCAACGUCACAUCCCUCAUCAUCCUAAUCAUUCGUCCUAGUAACGAACAUCUCUACAUGGCUGGAUGGUACAUGAACUACAUGGGGGCUGUAUCAACCAUGCUCCUUUGCGCCUGGGCAGCAGCACAUCUCGAGAAGGAGCCUCAAGUCCGAACGGUUCUCUUCGCAACGGGUACUCUCUUCUCAUACCUCUUUAGCGCAUUCCUGCCUAUUGCUGCGUUCCCGGCCUCGGAAGCUCCCCAUUGGCGCAUUGGUGCGAAGGUAUAUCUUGGACUCUCGCUUCUGGCAGCCAGUCUGUUUAUCAGCAUCGCCGUUAUAUUUAAGUGGCAGGAGAAGGGCAAAGGGAAAGCUGAGGGGGCUGAAGAAGAAAGUGAGAUCUCCGUGGACAGGAAUUGA